GUGGCGGCGGCGGCAGCAGCGGGUUCGGUUGCGCGUGGCGCACGGGGUGGGAGCGGAGCCCAGGCCGGGAGCAGGCGCCGCCGCCAGCGACCAUGGGGAACGUGUUGGCCGCUAGCUCGCCACCCGCAGGGCCGCCGCCUCCUGCGCCGUCCCUCGUGGGGCUACCGCCGCCACCGCCUUCGCCUCCGGGCUUUACGCUGCCGCCUCUCGGAGGCGGGUUGGGCGCGGGGGCCAGCGCGGGUCGAGGUUCAGAACGGACUCCUGGGGCUGCAGCCGGCAGCGCCGCAGGGGCCGCGGACGAUGGGGCCUGCGGCUGCCUUCCCAACCCCGGCACGUUCGAGGAGUGCCACCGGAAGUGCAAGGAGCUGUUUCCCAUUCAGAUGGAGGGCGUCAAACUUACAGUCAACAAAGGGUUGAGUAACCGUUUCCAGGUGAACCACACGGUAGCCCUCAGCACAAUUGGGGAGUCCAACUACCACUUCGGGGUCACCUACGUGGGUACAAAGCAGCUGAGUCCCACUGAGGCAUUCCCCGUGCUAGUGGGUGACAUGGACAACAGUGGUAGCCUUAAUGCUCAGGUCAUCCACCAGCUGAGCCCAGGCCUCAGGUCCAAGAUGGCCAUUCAGACCCAGCAGUCGAAGUUUGUGAACUGGCAAGUGGACGGGGAGUACCGGGGGUCUGACUUCACGGCUGCUGUCACCCUAGGGAACCCAGAUGUCCUAGUGGGUUCAGGAAUCCUUGUGGCUCACUACCUGCAGAGCGUCACGCCGUGCCUGGCCCUGGGUGGAGAGCUGGUCUACCACCGGCGGCCAGGGGAGGAAGGCACCGCCAUGUCUCUAGCCGGGAAGUACACACUGAACAACUGGCUGGCAACAGUGACGCUGGGCCAGGCAGGCAUGCACGCGACAUACUACCACAAAGCCAGCGACCAGCUGCAGGUGGGUGUGGAGUUUGAGGCCAGCACAAGGAUGCAGGACACUAGUGUCUCUUUCGGGUACCAGCUGGACCUGCCCAAGGCCAACCUCCUCUUCAAAGGCUCUGUGGACAGCAACUGGAUUGUGGGCGCGACGCUGGAGAAGAAGCUCCCGCCCUUGCCCCUCACGCUGGCCCUGGGCGCCUUCCUGAACCACCGCAAGAACAAGUUCCUGUGCGGCUUCGGCCUGACCAUCGGCUGAGCCUGCUGCCCUCAGGCCCUUCCUCCUGUGGACCCCACCCGCGCCCCUCCUUCCCUCCCUCCCGGGUCGGGGGCAGCGGGAAGGAGGGGCCCAUCACCCCAGCAGAGCCAAGGAGGAGAUCCUGGAACCGAGGGGACUUCGGGAUUCCGAGCACCAGGGAGGGGAUUCUGGAAGGUUCCAAGCGCCAGGGCAGAGGCGGCCGGACAACCUCAGGGAGGAGUGUCAUGGCUUGCCCAGCCUCCACAAAGGGCCCCGCGGAGCCGGCCCAGGGCAACGAGAGGAGCUCCCGUCCCGCCAGCCCGCCCCGUCCACCUUCCCUGCUUCCCCUCGGUAUGAAUCAUGUUUAUAAGUUAUGAAAGAACCGGGACAUUUUACAGAAAAAAGAGAAAAAGCAAAAAAUAUAUAUGGAAAAAAAAAAAAAAAACCCGGAUGGAGGCCUUCGUUUUCUCCAGUGUCCCGAGAGCAUUUCAGCCCCUGCCUGUCUGCCUGGUUUCCCCGCCGCCGCCGGCAGGGGGCGCCGAGGGCCGCAGGACCAGGACUUAGGGUUAGCGCCUGGCCCAGGAUCCCAGCGUCCCCUGACUUCUGCCCUGCGG